GAGAGCAUGUGAUGCCGGCCUUUGACGCCCGGCGCCAUGCCCACGCCGCUGCAGCCUGGCGGCCCCGCUAGCGGCCCGCCCCCGGAGCGCAAGCGGCGCCGCAAGCGCGACGAUCCACAAAACUCUGCCGCGCUCGAGCCCGACGACGACGACGACGACGGCGAGAUGAGCCCAGAGGAAGAGCCGCGCAACGCUCCCGCGGCUCCGGCUGCACCUACGCCUGCGCCGUCUUCCGCGCCCGCGCCCACCUCACCCCCUGCAGCGCCUGACGCCGUCGACCUCACUUCGCGUCGUGACUCUCCGCCACUCUCCUCAGACGUCGAGCACUUCGAUGGCAAGAUCGUCUACAACCCUGACGGUUCCGCUUACAUAAUCGAAGACCCUGAACUGUCAGAAGGCGAGACCAGCUUACCCGACCUGCACAAAAUCGAGCCCGGCUGCAUAGUUGACAGUCGCGACAGCAACGUCGUUGAAAGACAGCUCGAGUUUCCUCAGAUAGCGAGCGCAUUCUACGUAUCGAGGAAUCCCUCAUUGUACGGUGCAUUAUAUGGAAGAUUGGCAGCCGAAAGAGCGAGAGCGAGACCCGACGCACCUGUUAUGCACAGCUAUCGAGUAUUUAGUUUUCGGGGUGGGAAAGAUGCACCGAGACCACCAUCACCACCCGCUGAAUGUCCUGUUAGCGUACCUGUCAAACCCAUUCUUAUGUGUUUUAUAUGUAAAUUGAGUUUUGGUUACGCUAAAUCUUUUGUGGCACAUGCCCAAUCAGACCAUAGUUUAUCCCUGCUUGACUCAGAAAGAGACGCUUUGUCGCGAGAUAAUGCUUCUGCUAUUAUCCAGUGUGUUGGUAAAGAUAAAGAGCCACUAGUCUCUUUUCUGGAACCCGUAGGUGCCGCAGCACCACCUCGCGCAUCGGCGUCACAAAGUCCUGCUAAUAUGUCGGAAUUAUCGAGUCCGUCAGUAGAAAAACGUCCAGAGACGAUGACAUCCGACAAAGAAAACGAUUCAAUGUUACCCAACGGCACGUGUGAAGACAGAAGGCUAAGUCCACCUGCAUGGAGACCUCCACGGUCUUUGGCUGACUCCAUGAUGCCUCAACAUUCCUUGAUCUCUGUGGCGCAUCCUAAUGCUAUAAAUGCGUCAAUACAACCACGAAUAAGUCCAAAUUCUUCUCCACCUUUUCAAGCUACUCCUCCAGCGUUUCUUUCUGGAACUACGAUAGGCGUUUGUCCAGAUCACCUUGGAGGGCGACCGUCUGGUGCCGAUUGCCCGAAGUGCGAACUGAUUUUAAAUUCGGGAAGAUUAGGCGGUCCACUUGCUGGAAUGCAUAGUCGUAAUUCAUGCAAAACUCUUAAGUGUCCAAAGUGUAACUGGCAUUACAAAUAUCAAGAGACUUUAGAAAUCCACAUGAAAGAGAAGCAUCCUGAAGCUGAAACGAGUUGCAUUUAUUGUAUAGCUGGUCAACCGCAUCCUCGGCUGGCGCGAGGUGAAACUUAUACCUGUGGGUACAAACCAUAUCGAUGUGAAGUGUGCAAUUACUCUACUACAACUAAAGGCAACUUAAGUAUACAUAUGCAAUCAGAUAAGCAUUUAAACAAUAUGCAAGAACUGCAAAACGGUGGUAACCCGGGGGACAACAGCAUGCCUCCGGCGCCACAGCAUACUCCACCUGGCCCACACAAACCACCACUGCCGCAUCAUUCACCUUUAGGCCAAAAGCCAAAACCUACCUUUCGGUGCGAUGUCUGUAAUUAUGAGACUAAUGUCGCACGCAAUCUAAGAAUACACAUGACAUCUGAAAAACAUACUCACAAUAUGUUAGUUUUGCAACAAAAUGUGAAACACAUGCAAACACUCUCCGCUUUACAUCACAGACAACAAAGCCAGCAGCAACUGGAAAGUUUGUUGCACUUCCACGGAGGCGAUGCUCCUCCUUCAAAUCCAGAGGCAGCAUUAGCUGACAUGGCAUAUAAUCAAGCUCUCAUGAUCCAACUUAUGACUGGAGGACCUGGACCUUCACCACCUGAAUUGGGCGCGCACCUUGAUGUUGGAUUGAAUCCUGAGGCAAUGGAACCUCCACCAGAGCCAGCAGAUCCGGAACCGGAGAGGACAUUCCAUUGUUGUAUUUGCAAUUGCUUUUCGACGGAUUCAUUAGAAGCGCUUGGUCACCAUUUAGCUCAGGAUCGCACUAAAAUCAGAGAACAAGAAAUUCUAGCACUCGUUGCGGGCCACUACGUGUGCAAAUUGUGCACAUACAAAACAAGUUUGAAGGCUAAUUUUCAACUUCAUUGCAAAACUGAUAAGCACUUACAAAGACUACAGCACGUGAACCACGUGAAAGAAGGUGGACCAAGAAAUGAAUGGAAGUUGAAGUUCUGUGCUGGUGUGGGCACUGGUGGCGCAGGUGUCGGUGGCGUUCAAGUAAGAUGUUGUGCGUGCGAUUAUUAUACCAAUUCGGCACACAAAUUACAACUUCAUGCAGCGGGAGCUAGACAUGAAGCUUCUGCGCUUUUGCUUAGACAUCUUCGAGAUUGUGCGUCUCGAAUACCCCGUGAGCGGCCUCGUGUAUAUCGCUGCGCCCUGUGCGGCUUCGGUGCGCCACAUCGGUUGUCACUUCUACAACACGUGCGCUCAGUGAAGCAUUUGCAAAUGGAACAAAUUCAUCAACUCCAACGGCGCUCUGAAGGGAAAGAUCCCACCCCCGACGUUGCAGAACUCUUCCAAGUCAUUCCUCAGCCACAAGAACUACCCAGCCCUUUUGAGCAGCAAGAAGAUAAUAAGGAACCAAUCGAUCAAAAGCCUGAGCUGACUCAAGAACAAAAGAUGCUACGAUUUUUAGAACAGCACCAGCAACAACAGCAAGCACAGCAACAGCAACCUCUACAGCCACAGAGUUCAAAUGAAAGAGAUGAAGAACGCGAGACUCCAGGGUCUCACACAUGCGUUUACUGCAAUUUUAGCUGCGGAAGUGAAGCACGUCUACACGCGCACGUAAACUCCGUACACGGCGAUACAACGAGACAUUUCAUAUGCCCGCUUUGCCAAGAUGCGUUUAAGGACAGACCGGCCCUCGAAAGGCAUGUCAUGCAAAUACAUUCAGUCAACUCCGAAGGCCUUCAACGACUUCUGUUACUCGUCGAUCAAAGUCACUGGUUAAACGGCGGCGCACAAGCCCAAAGGGAUGAGUCACGUCAAGGAGAUGACGAACGGGAAAUUUCAUCACCUCGAUCUGAAGGCAGUGUAGACGGCGAGACAGAGCGAUGUUCUACUUGCAACCGCACUUUCCGUAACGUGGAUGAAUUAUGUCAGCAUCAGAAUGAAUCAGGUCAUCUGGAGUUGAAACAAACUCCCCAGGGACCUGGAUAUUUCUGCUGGAAAAAAGGGUGCAACAGAUACUUCGACACAGCUCAUGCGCUUCAAAAUCAUUUUAGGGAAGCGCACGCUCGCAACUCCAUCACAAACAUGUCAGUGUCGGAAAAACAUGUAUACAAAUAUCGCUGUAAUCAAUGCAGCCUCGCUUUCAAGACAGUCGAAAAAUUACAACUGCAUACACAGUAUCACGUAAUACGAGAUGCUACUAAAUGUGUCUUAUGUGGGCGAAGCUUUAGAUCUGUUCUUGCUCUACAAAAACACAUCGAAACUUCGCACUCGGAGCUCACUGAAGAAGAAAUGACAGCAUUCAAACGAAGUCUGGCAUCCAAUCCAUUAUUGCAAGCUAAUCAAGCAACAGCCUUAGAUGUUUCUACUGCAGAACUAUUGCGCAAGGAGGCUUUAAGAACUCCUGAUGACGAUUUAGCUGAACUGGAUGAUAGAGAUUCGAGCGCUACAGCCGCUGAUGAAUCAGGUCAUAACGAUGCUGAAAAUUCAGAUGAUUCAAUUAUUUACAAAGAUCAACAAUUCUUGGAAGACUAUUUGAAUUCACAGGCCAUGGCUGAAGAUUCUUACAAUGAUCCAAACAGAAAAUAUAAGUGUCACCGCUGCAAAGUAGCUUUUACUCGACAGUCUUAUUUGACUGCACAUAAUAAAACCCUUCUACACAGAAAAGGCGAAAAAUUGACUUAUCCAAUGGAAAAAUAUCUCGACCCUAACAGACCAUUCAAAUGCGACGUUUGCAAAGAGUCGUUCACGCAAAAGAAUAUCUUACUCGUUCAUUACAACAGCGUGAGCCAUUUGCACAAAUUGAAGCGAGCCAUGCAAGAACAACAAAAUAAUAACAACCCUCCCGUGUCGCCCGGAGCAGGCUCAGCGCCCUCUAAUUUAACACUCACACCUAAGAGUACAUCGAGUGAAGAGGACGAUCGUAAACGAUACAAGUGCAACAUUUGCAAAGUCGCCUACACUCAAGGAAGUACGUUAGAUAUACACAUGCGAUCAGUGCUCCAUCAAACACGAGCGAGUAAGUUACAAGAGCUAGCCGCCGCCGGCCACGUGGACUUAACCCGGCCUUUGGUAGAACAACCGGACAAAAACGACCCUGUUAAAAUUUUGCAAGACGUUUUGUCGCCGAAAAAUACAUCCCCUUCAUCUACAAGCAGUGGGGGUAUGCGGUCCUCGCCCCCCGCACGCACAGGUAGCCCGCGCUCCCCUCGCUCAGGUAAUGCCUCGUGCGAUCGGUGCCACGCGUCAUUUCCUACCGCGGAGCUGCUCGACGCGCACCGUGCGACCUCAUGCCCGUUCGGCGAUGCGCGGGCGCAUUCGCCGCUAGGUGAAGCUGAAGCAGCUGCAUUAGACGAGAUGGUCGCCAAGGGCAACCCGCCCAAACGCAACUCACAAAUGUACAAACAACUACUAGAGACCUUCGGCUUCGAUCUCGUCAUGCAGUACAAUGAAAAUCAACGGCGUAAAUUACAAGAAGAACGUGAACUUGCGCGGGCGCCAAGUCCUCCACCACCGCCGCCAGAAGAGAAGCCUCCUGAUGGUGAAACAAAAUCGACCUGUCAGCAUUGCAACAAGGAGUUUUCUAGUGUAUUCGUGUUAAAGACUCACUGUGAGGAAGUGCAUAAAGACAAAGUUCCGUUGGAGUUUUUGGAACAGUUCGCGGAGCAAUUCAAAUCGGAAUAUGAGAGAAAAUCUGGCGCGCCUAACUCCCCGCGCGCUGGUUCUCCAGCGCCACAGGGUGACAGAUCGCCAUCUCCUCGUGGUGACACCUCCAGCACCUUUAACGAGAAUGGUAGUAAUCAAGGUGAAGCUCAAGCCGGUGCGCUGCUAGCGGCUCAAGUACAGGAAAUGCAAGCGGCACUAAAUAUGCUGCAACUACAACAGCAACUGGGAAAUUUGCACCCUAUGGUGGCGCAGAUGUUAUCGUUAGGGCUGCCACUGGGACUGAAUGUCGGUGCUCUAGCAGCCAUGAACCUACAGCCACCACUAGUGCCGCUGAUGCUGCCACCGCCGCCCUUCGACGCAAUGACUCCCUUCACGCACGACGCGCAACUGAAACAACAACAGCUGUUACAGCAACAACAACAGGCCAAUGCUGCAGCUGGACAAAAGCGAGCUCGGACUCGCAUUACUGACGAGCAAUUGAAAAUUCUACGCGCGAACUUUGACAUCAAUAAUUCACCGAGCGAUGAAGCUAUUGCGAAGAUGGCGAAACAAUCCGGACUAGCCACUAAGGUAAUCAAACACUGGUUCAGAAACACGCUCUUUAAGGAACGCCAACGCAAUAAAGAUUCUCCAUACAAUUUCAACAAUCCUCCUUCGACUACUCUUAAUCUGGAGGAAUACGAGAAAACAGGUGAAGCUAAAGUCACACCUUUAGACUCUUCGGCCAGUUCUGAUGAAGGUAAACCACCCCCAGAAAAGAAAGCGAAGACAGAAGACCAUCAUCAAGACGUCAAAUCAGAACCAAACGACGAGCCUUCCAUAGAAGAAAAGUACAAUUCAUACGAUGAUAGACACCAGGAGGACAAGAGCUUUAUUUUUCCUCCAGCUCCAUUACAAAGUCCUGCUCCUAGCAUGAAUCAUUCGGAUCACCAACAGAAUAUUUCUCGGCCCCAGACUCCUACUCAUAUGUCUUUGAACUCCUUGAUACAGUCUCAACUUGACUCGAUCCCAGCUACUAGUAUACCGCAGCCACCACAUCCAUCGAUGCUGCCACCAAAAAUAAAUCCGAAUUUCACGUCCCCAAACUCCGCGCCCCCGAACGUCCUAUCUUUGACCCCAAAUCGCAGCCUCAGUCCUGGCAGGGGACCGGCCGAUUUCGGACUUUCCGGGGGCAACUCGAACGGAUCCAACAGCUCGGGGUCUUCUGGCAAACGCGCCAACAGAACUAGAUUCACUGAUUACCAAAUUAAAGUAUUGCAAGAAUUUUUUGAAAACAACGCAUAUCCAAAAGACGAUGAUUUGGAAUACCUAUCAAAACUAUUAGGACUGAGUCCUAGGGUAAUUGUCGUAUGGUUCCAAAACGCACGCCAAAAAGCUAGAAAAGUCUAUGAAAACCAACCUGCUGCUGAACCACUAGCAGGAGCGACUGAUGAUGCAAAUAGAUUUCAACGCACUCCUGGCCUUAAUUAUCAAUGCAAGAAAUGCCAAUUAGUAUUCCAGCGCUAUUACGAAUUGAUAAGACAUCAAAAAACUCAUUGUUAUAAAGAAGAAGAUGCAAAACGGUCCGCACAGGCGCAGGCAGCUGCAGCUCAAGUAGCAGCUACUUUGAGCAGCGAAGAUUCAAAUUCGAGUACAGUAGAACACCACGCACCCCAUGUGCCUGUUUCACCCGCGCCUCCUCGUACGCCAACGCCUGCAGCGGUUAACUAUCCGGUUUCACCUGCGCCACAGACUCCUCAUACCCCAGUGACGCCUUUAACACACCAACCACGUGACGAUAAAGACGGAAAUUUUCAAUGUGAUAAAUGUAACCUAGUCUUCCCUCGAUUCGACCUAUGGCGAGAGCAUCAACUCGUGCACAUAAUGAACCCAAACUUAUUUCCCACCUAUCCACCAGAUUCCCCUUUUGGAAUCUUACAGCAACAUGCUCAGCUUCAACAACUUAAUGCAACUCUUGGCAACGAUGAAGCGCGGCACCCUUUAGUCGCAGCUCUGAAUCAACAAGUUGCAAAAAGAAAAUUUGAUGAAUUUGACGAUCAAGAUACUGGCGAACAACCAAAAGACAAAAGAUUAAGGACAACUAUUUUGCCUGAGCAAUUAGAUUAUCUUUAUCAAAAAUACCAAAUUGAGUCAAAUCCUUCUAGAAAAAUGCUUGAAAAUAUUGCACGGGAAGUUGGGCUGAAGAAGCGAGUAGUACAAGUAUGGUUUCAAAACACGAGAGCGCGUGAGAGAAAAGGACAAUUUCGUGCACAUGCGCAAGUAAUCAACAAGCGUUGUCCAUUUUGUCCAGCAUUAUUCAAAGUAAAGAGCGCGCUUGAAAGUCACUUGAGUACAAAACACGCCGACCAGUGCGCGCGCGGUGAAAUAAACGUAGACGCAUUACCAGAUGAAGAAUUGAGCACAGAGUCAACCCCAAGCUUCGGCUCGCAACAAAGUGAUCGGCAGCAAAAUUUUUCGCAAGGGGGGGCCCCCAUGUUGCCCCCUAUUUUUCCGCCAUUUCACUCAGACAUGGAGAAGUUUAUCAAACAGUACAGUGAGGAGUCAAUGAAGCGGUAUGUAAGUGAGCUACAAGCGCACGCUGCUGCUCAGCAGAACGGUAACAACAAUGAAUCCACUGAGCAGCAUUCAGAAUCUGGCAAACCGGAAAUUCCUUUGGAUCUCAGCAAACCCGUUGAUCUGUCACGGCCUGGUUCUGACGCUGAUGAACGGUCAGACACUGCUUCCGAAACUAUGGAGUUUUACGAAGAAGAUGAUCCCACAUCUCCAUUGCCUGGCCAACAACAAACGCCCAGGCCGCCCGGCAAACGUUUUCGCACUCAGAUGUCUUCCUUGCAAGUCAAAAUUAUGAAGUCAUUAUUUAACGACUACAAAACGCCGACAAUGGCUGAGUGCGAGGCACUCGGGCGAGAGAUUGGAUUACCGAAACGUGUGGUACAAGUGUGGUUUCAGAAUGCGAGAGCAAAAGAGAAGAAGGCUCGCCUGGCGGCUGGUUUGUUAGAGGUGUCUGAUGCGCCACCACCAGAGGAAUGUCGCGUGUGUGACUUCAAAUACAGUCACAAGUAUUCGGUACAAGACCACGUGUUCACCCGCGGACACAUCGCAGCGGUGCGCGCGCGGCUUGAAAGCGGUGCUGGCGUUGGCGAAGAGAGUACGCUCGCGCUCAUGCAGAUGGCGGCACGCCUGGAGAGCGGCAUGGGCGGCGACCUGCACAACGCGUUCCUGCGACCUCAACUUGCCGGCAAUGGCAACCAGAACUCUCUGCAGCCUCAACCUCAGGGGCUCAUCGUAGAAACAGGCAAUGGUGCGACUGUGCUUCAGCUGCCAGCCACCACUCUGGAGCAGAUACGGCACAUCGCAGCUGAUCCCGGCGCUUCCACACUGCGCCUUCCACCACCCGCUACCGAGCCACCGGCAGGUGCACGCGAGCUUGACUUUGACCUGUGCUACGUUUGCAAGCACUGCAAAGUGGCCUUUCCAUCCCCCGUGCCACUGCAGGCUCACCAAGCACGCUCAUGUUACGCCGGCCGUGAAACAUCACGCGGUGUCAUCCGCGUAGUGCAGCCCGCGCUGGAGUGCCGCGCGUGUACUGGCGAGCGCUUCCGCACCGCGAUAGAGUUCCGUCGCCACGCUGAAACAGAAGCUCAUCUUCGCAACGCAGCUCCCCCGCCACCUGUACCAACGCAGCCUGAGCCACUUACUCACGAGAUGGAGGACGUCGUCAAUCAAAUCACGCUGCUAGCAGCCCGCGCUGCGCAGGAAUCAGCUACACCAAAGGACCCUAAUGCAAAUUUUUGUGCUCCAGGGCCGCGAUUUCCACCCCCCGGCGAGAUGCCGCUUGCCAGCGCUGGCCAUUAAUCCUACACACACGAAAUGUAUAGUUACUACUAUAGAGCCCCACGCUCUCUCCGUUGUCCGACAACGCAGCAGUUCACUAUUAGAUCUUAAUGCUUCUUUUCGUUAAUGAAUGUCGUCGCGGAAGUGGCACUUUCCUAGUUAUACAUUUAAAGCUUGUAGUCAUAUAAGUUAGGUUAAUGUGGAGCCGGCCGUUGUUGUCCCGUUUUUAUAAUGUACUCUCGUAGUGGUGGCCGUGAGGCGCUCGUGUUCCUGUCGGCCGGCUCCGGCCGCGCGCCGCGCACUGGGAGGCGGCGGCGGCAGCGCCGCGCGGCCGCGCGCGCGCCCGCACUUCAUAUCAUACGUUAGACAGGUUUUAUUAUAUACGUUUAUCGUUGCGGCGCGCGACGACGCGGCCGUGCUGGCGCCUCUCACUCUUGAACAUCAACUCCCAGGAAAGCAAGUUCCUAUCUUUAUGCAUAUAAUAUUAUCGAUAUUGAUAAUUACGAUUUAAUUGUUUAAAGCUAUGUAAUACAUACAUAUAAUCGUUCUAAUUUUAGGCAUAGAUACGUUCUCGUAAGAAGUUCCUGACGCAUCGUAAAUGUAUGAAGAUAUAUAUAGUGAUAUACGUAUAUGAUUUUUUUAAACAUGAAGCGAAGUUAGGUACGUAUGUUAGGCAGUAGAGCGGUCGUCCUCUCUCGCGGUCUCCGGGCUCGGGAACUCCAUCUCCCGCCGUAGAGGCGCGCUCAUCUCAGCUUCCACUACAAUCAUAGCAUGUUACUCACAGUAUCGCACCGCUGCAAAGAGAAUAUCUUUCGACAAGGUGCUACGCCGUGUGUCUGUAGGCCAAAAUGCAUCCAUCGCGAUACGCGGUAGUACGACCGGCGGUACGUGGCAUGCAAGAGGGCGCGAGACUCGCACCCGCAACAGCGCAGCUCUUCGCCGCGCCCGCGGAGAUGCGACGAUACCGCGUAGGCUUAUUGGUAACAGUUAAUUAUAAUAUUAUUAUCGUAGCUAACUUUUCCAAAACGAACGAACUCGAAACUCGGGCUGCGCGUCAGCGCUCAGCCUACCUCGCAUACAAGUGAGUUUAUUUUGGAACUAAGUGUGAUUCUUGAAUUUUUAUUGAUAUUGUAAUGAUUAUUAGUAGUGGCGUAAGUGAGUCUAAGGGAUGGAGGUAUAUGCGGUGGCGGGCCGCGCGCCCCGAGCCUCGGGGCUCGUCCCCGCUCGCGUCUAUAUCCAUCGCUUUACUGUGUGCGUGAGUCCCUUAUAUUUUCGAUGGCACAGAUCACGUUAUUUAAAAAUAUUUUACAUAUUUACAUUUUAUCUAGCGGAGUUUUACUACAAUAUUUUAUCUACGAGUGGAUCCUACUACAACAUUGAGUUUGUUUUUUGGUAAAGUGCAAUGUUUUAUACCGCCGGCAGCCGGCGGUCCUUGUUAUCUGUAUGGGCACGCGCGCGGGGCGCCGCUCGAGCGCCGCGUCUCCGGAUCGCUUUACAACUCUCCCGAGGCGUCUGGGGUUACAGCAACGUUUUAUUGAUCAAAAUUUUAUUCGACACGCGAUAACACAGAAUAUUUUAGCAGAAUGCGUACUAGCACUGAGAUGAAUGUCAUUAAACGUUUGAUGGAUGGCGGAUUGAAAUACAUGUAUACGACAGAGGAGACGCGCAAGAUGCGAACGCACUCGAG